AUGUCCGGAUCUGAAGAGGAAAGCUGUGACGAAGUUUCGGAUCGUGUGUAUCUGGACCAUUUACCUCCCAAAGUAUCGGAUCGAAGAGAGAAAGUGUCAGUGAAACCGACCACAAUGGAGGCAGAUCUGAAGGCUCAGAUAGCCACUCUCAAACAAGAGCUGGAUGCAUUGCGACAAACGCAGACAGGUGAAAGGCCGUCACGGUCAUCAGCUAACGAAAAUAUGCCAAGAUUGCCGGACAUCCGUGAACUUCAAGAAUAUGUGACUGUUUUCGAUCCUAGUUCACCGACUUGUGCUUCUGCGGAAAUGUGGGUGAAAUUGAUUGACGACACGGGCGAUAGUUAUAAUUGGUCGAAUGAGUUGAGGUUACACUGCGCGCGAUUGAACUUGGGUGGCUGUGCAAAACUGUGGCUGGAGGGAUAUCAAGAGGCAACCCGAGAUUGGGAAAGUUUUAAAACGGAAAUAGUAAAAGGUUUUCCGACCAAGAAGAACCUGGUUUAUUACCACAAUUUGAUGUCGGCGAGGAAGUGGAAACCCAAUGAAGCGGUCGAAGAGUAUGUGUACGAGAUGGCUGCCAUGGGUCGCAAAGGCGGUUUCACGGAGGAUGUAAUUGUGACAUACAUCAUGAGUGGACUGAAAUCGUUUCUGCAGAAAUCGGGGCUAGCGGUAUACAGAACCGAAACUGUACAAGGGCUCCUAGAGCAAUUACGAUGGGUUGAUAAUGUGGAGGCUAUAACCCCAUCACAAAGUCGCAGUAGUGGAUGUAUGCAACGUUCAACUGGUGCAACGUGGAAUGGUGGUAGGAAGGCCAGGAGUGCUGAUGGUGAAUUAAGCUGCUAUCAGUGUCAUGAAGCAGGACACGUGGCAAGAAAGUGUCCCAAGGUGAAAUGCUACAGGUGUUCAAAAGAAGGACACGUGAAACGGGACUGUAAAGCUAAUUUAGGCUCACAAGUGGCAGAGAAAAGAGAACCCAAGGGAGCCAGUGGCACGAGCUUGAUGAGAGUGUUGGACAAGAAAGGCUUGUUCAGGAAAACGGUGAAACUGGCGGGAGGAAAUUAUGAAGCUCACGUUGAUUCGGGCCCGAUCGAUCAACGAUUUGGGAGAAGUUUCGGCAAGAGCGAAAAAAAGAAAGUAACGGAGAUGGUCACGGCAAAAAUGCGCGUUGACGGAUUGGAGCUUGAAGUUUCGCUGGCCGUAGUACCGGAGUGGGCGCAGGAUAUUCCGAUAAUUAUUGGGAAGGACAUUAUCGAACGUGACGAUCUAGUGAUGGUGAAGCGAAAGGACAAAGUAUGUUUUGAGUGGGACGUUGAAGAUUCGACUGAUGCGAUUAGUUCACUCGAAGAGGAAUAUAAAGUAGCCAACAUCUACAAAAUAGAUUGGUCAGAAGGACGUAACAUUGAUCAGGAGAUGAUAAAUAGUGGAGGGAGCACGGAGAAUACAAAGAAACUUUUGGAAGUGGUACGAGAUUACCGUGAUUGUUUCGCUUUGGAUUUGAAGGAGAUGGGCAGAGCAAAGUCCACUGAAAUGAAGAUCCGGUUGGAGGAUAAUGAGCCAGUGUUCGUAAAGCCCAGAAGAAUGAAAUACGCUAAGGAAUCAGCGCUUGCAGAGAUUACGAAUGAGCUACUGGAGGCGGGAAUCAUUCAGGAAACAGAAUCGCCAUUUAACAGUCGUGUGGUAUUAAAGGUCCCGAAAAAGAAUAAGCAGUUCCGGAUGGCCGUGGAUUAUCGUAUGCUUAACGCUAAGACGGUUAAAGAUCGUUUUCCAACGCCGGAUAUAGAGACAUGCUUAAAUAAGCUGGCAGGGGCACAGGUGUUCAUCUCUGUAGAUCUAUACAGUGGAUACUACCAGAUUCCUCUUGAUGAAGAGAGCCAGAAUUACACUGCAUUUUCGACAACGGAAGGUCACUACCGGUUCCUGCGCAUGCCUUUCGGAUUAGCCAAUGGAUGUGCUGUUUUCCAGCGAGCAGUGAAUAAAGUAGAGUUCCUGGGAUUUGAGGUCACUGGCGAAGGAGUCAAACCAGGUGAAGCGAAAACGCUGGCGGUAAAAAAAUUUCCCACACCUAAGACGGUUAAUGAAGUACGGCAAUUCUUGGGUUUAGCGGGAUUCUUCCGCCGGUUCGUUAAAAAUUUCAGUCUGAUAGCAUCCCCGCUAUAUCAACUGCUGAAGAAAGACGUUGUGUUCAGCUGGGACGUGCAUCAAUCUCAGGCUUUCGAGCAGAUAAAGGAUGUUCUAACUACUCGACCACUGUUGGUGUUGUACGACCAAUCGGCGGAUUUGGAGCUUCAUACCGAAUGCGUCGAGCGGUGGACUAGCGGGAAUUUUGCUGAUGAAUACAGACGGAGGUUUCAAGCCGAUAGGAUUCUUCAGUCGUAA